AUGAAAAAGGUUUUGAAAGAGUGGUUUUUAAAAGCUCCAUGGGGAAAAAUUGCUCUUAUAUCAUGGGGCGAUCCAAAUGGGGAACCUGUUCUCCUUGUGCAUGGAAGGCAGGACAGUGUAAGCACAUUCAUUCCCCUUCUAGAACUUUUGCCAGAUACAUACCACUAUGUGGCUAUGGACAUACCUGGUAAUGGUCUGUCAGAUCCAUUACCUAUAGGUUUGAAGCUGACGAGAAUCUUCCCGGUGGUGGUGAUAGAAAUGGUUGCAGAGCAUAUGAAUUGGAGGGAGUUCAUCUACAUUGCGCACUCUAUGGGGACAGAACUAGGUUUAUUUUAUAACGCGGUUUAUCCGGGCAAUUUGAAAAGGUGCAUUUAUCUGGAUGGAGCGCCGGCGAUACAGAGACUACUGAUGACCGACUACGCCGCUUACUACAAAACAUUUUACUUGGACUAUUAUGAUAAUUAUGACAGCAUAAACACAGACGAUCGCGUGUACAGCAGACGGGAUGCAGUCAGAGCUGUCAUGAAAGCUAGAAGCCUAACCUCUGAUCAGGCGGAACUAAUCUUGACUAGGAAUUUGAAAAAAAUCGGCGACGACAAGUACAAG